AUGACUGUCGCCGUCCCCGCCGCUAAGCACACCUUCGCUGAUCGGGCGGCUGCCAAUAACUUCAACGAUGCCCAGAUCCUCAAUUCCAACAACCACUCUGGUGCCGAUAUUCCAGAGAAGUCCGAUGUUGUCGUCACCGGCGGUGGUAUCAAUGGAUUGAUCUGCGCCAUACAUGCUGCCAAGUAUCAGCCGGGAAACCUCAGCAUCUCGCUGAUCGAAAAAGCAUGUAAGCCUGGCUACAAGAUCGGCGAGAGUACACUGCCGCUAUUUUCCCUGUGGUGCAAGAUGCAUGGCCUCACAGCGGAGUAUCUUCUGCGGCUGUUCGGUCUGAAAGACGGACUGGCCUUCUACUUCCUCGACAGCGAGAACCAAGGGGAGUACUCGGAAUUCUGCAGCAAUGGCACUCCAGGGCUCUUCCUCAGUGGAUUUCAGGUUGAGCGAAGCAUUAGUGAGCUUCUUCUCACGCUGCUGGCUCAGCGAAAGGGAGUCGACGUCUACCACGGCCGCCAGGUUGAUUUCAAUGCCAGUUCCAUUACCGGUAGACCUGGCCGCAACAAGAUCUCCAUCAACCCUGGCAAGUACGACGGAAAGCCAGCCAGUAGUAUCAAUUCCUCGCUACUGGUUGACGCCACUGGUCGUUUCCGCCAGCUUGCAUCCAAGAAGGCCCCAAUGCACCGUUUCCAGGGCUGGAACUACGAUUCCUUUUGGGAAUAUUUCACUACCCCCGCAGAUGAGAGCAAAAUUCCUCUCCGUCACUAUGAGGGUGACCACACCAACCAUUUAUGCUUUCCCGAGGGCUGGGCCUGGGAAGGCAGUUCUACUGCCAACCUCAUGGAUAUGAUCUCGUACCUGCUGGACUGUGCCGAAGCCGGUGUUCCUGGAGAUCAGAUUCCAAGCUCAAUGGAGCUCGCCUGCAUGUUCAACCUCAAAUUCAAAUGGGUCACUAGCAUUGGGUUUGCUGUGCGCAAUGACGUAAAGUACCCCAACGACAUGUCUGUGUACGGCACACGCGAAGCCGAGCGCAAGUUUAAUUACUUUGUCCAGAAGUACGACAUUAUCAAAAAGUUUAUGAAAAACUUUGAUCUGAUCGAGAACCUCUAUGGCCCCGGAACGACCUGGUUCAUUCGCGAGUCCCUCGCCUACAAAUCGCCUGUCGUCUCCGGUCCUGGUUGGCUCGCUAUUGGCGACGCCUGUGGCUUCACCAAUCCGCUUUACUCGCCGGGUAUCACGGUGGCUAUGUCAACAUCAACUUACGCUGCUGAACUCACACAUCAGGCUUUGAAUCAAGCCAGAACCGAGACCGAUGAUGAGGUCGCUGAGCGCAGUAUUCGCCAGACCCUGUCACCUUAUGAUGACUUUUUCCGCCGCCUCUACCCAUCCUUGAACCAAAUGAACAAGUUCAACUAUGUCUGUUUCCGCGAUCCCCGUCUAGGGCCUCAAGUUUCUUGCCUCUGGCAGCUCCUUGCCGGAAUUGGCAUUCCAGACUGGCAGCUCAUCCGUCAGGAAUAUAACCUGACCAUGAAGACCUACGUGCCCCACUCCAUUAACUGGGCUUGGGGAUCCAUGACACCAGAGUAUGACUCAGUGGCGCGUCGAACUCUCGAUCUCCUGGCUCCAAUUCCACUAGAGGAAACCAUCCCAGAUAACAUUGUUCGCGAGGUGAUCGAGCUGUCUAAUUCCGCCAAAACAGUCGCAGUCGGCUCUGAUCGCUUCAACAUCCGCUGGGAUGGUCUUCUUCGCUAUUAUGACAUCUACCUGAACUAUCACCCUGAUGAGCCCUUCAAGGAUACAUUCUCUCGUCAAUGCGGUAAGUGUGGUACCUGGGUUCACUGCCGUCCAGACUGGCGCCUCUGUUACAGUUGUGGCGAGGCUCGCUCUGAGGAGGAUGCUGCUAUCAUUUGGAACCCUCAUCUCGAGGUUGAUGGAGUCAAGGCUCUGGUAUACGCAUCCGAUGCGAAGCCUGCGGCACGAGCGGGAGACCACUGCUGA